GAUUGGCUUAGAUUGUGUGCACGUAUCCGUUUAAACUGGGGCGGCAGUAAGCUGACUGUGAAUCAGCGACAUUUUGUUUUUGUUUUGUUUUUGACUGAGCUAAGUGGCAGACGCGCAAAGCCAACCCGGCGCAGUGAUGGCAUCCCAGAACUUGGACCCAGCCGCGUCUCCUGGAGCGUCUACAGCGGCGCUGAAGGGCAGCGACGGCGGCGGCAGCGGCGCCAAAGGCUCGGUGACCAAAAGGCUACAAAAGGACCUGAUGACGCUGAUGAUGGCGGGCGAUAAGGGGAUCUCGGCGUUUCCAGAAUCUGAUAACCUUUUCAAGUGGAUCGGAACUAUCGAUGGCCCUCAGGGGACGGUGUAUGAGGGUCUGCGGUACAAGUUGUCGCUGGAGUUCCCGGCCGGCUAUCCUUACCAGGCCCCCCGGGUCCGCUUCCUGUGUCCGUGUUUUCACCCCAACGUGGAUGAGCAGGGCUUCAUCUGUCUGGACAUCCUCAAGGACAAGUGGUCGGCGCUCCUCGACGUCCGCUCUGUCCUGCUGUCCAUCCAGAGCCUACUGGGAGAACCCAACAACGAAAGUCCGUUGAACGUGGCUGCUGCUGAGCUUUGGUCAAAUCAAGAAGCCUAUAAAGCUCAUCUACAUGCAACCUUCCAGAAGUGAACUUCUACUUUUUUAUCCUUUGUGUGUCUUGUUUGUACAAUAUUUUUAUGUUUGCCUUUGCUGCUUCAAUAAAGUUCUUAAUUCAAA